AUGUCAAUAUAUGGAGGAUUCGGAACUCGUCAGCAGGAAACUCAGUAUAAUAAUCUCACAGAAACGCUUAUUUCAUUACUUCAAUAUAGACUGAUCGCUUAUAUGAAAUGUGAAAAAAUAGAUGAAGAAAGCUUCAGGCUGGGUAUUUUGAAUGUUUAUGAUUCUAUGACUAGAAUGGAAAUCAGGAAAUAUCUUGAGCCAAAAUUCUCAGAUUCGUGCAAAGAUUUGGUUAAAAAGAUAGUAAAAGAGAUGGAGGAAGAAAAAAAGAUUAGCGAAGUGGCUAGCGAGCAUCAUAUUUUUAUUAAACAGACAAGUCCUAAUUCACUGUUAGGCGAAAUAUAUUUUGAUAGUGAGUUGCUAAAUAGUAAAGGGAAAGACACAGAGAAAGUACUGAAAAAGGUAA